AUGUCCGAGGCCGACCUGGUUUGGCAAUUUCUGUGCACUACAUUCCGUGUCUGUGACAUGUUGCAUAUCUUCCUUUUAAUGCAGCUGACUGCCUAUCUUUGCUACGGAAAGCAGACGCGGCGGCCUAAGCGCGACUCCCAACUCACCGACAACUCGGUCUGGUCUCGACAUCCUCCGCCCGACUGGAUGCAGUUGGGCCAAAUCACGCAUCCGCGCGCCCCGAUUCAAGCCGCCUCGAGACACUCCACUCGACACCAUCGGCACCAGCGAGCCUCGACGACGCUACAGCCCGACACCAGCUACUCGGAGGGCGUCACCGUGUCGGUUGAUGCGACCUCGGCUUCUCUGUUGCCAUGCGCCAACCCCAACACUGCCCACGGUCGUCAGGCCGACAACGUUUUCUCGCCCGACAUUCUCGUAGAGGCCGAGGUAGGUUGA